UGGCAAAUUCAUGAACUAUGUAUGAAAAACUGAGGCGUUUGUUUACGUUUACGUUUUAAUUGGGCUGCUACGAGCAGCUGAUAAAGUGUCCUACAUUCAUGUGAGGCUUGUCAGUGAAACUUUGGAGGUCCAGUUGAACUUUAGUCUCUGCACGGAGCCACUGGCCGAAAAUGAGUCGUGAUUUCAUUCUGCAAUUCACCAACUGUUUUAUUAUUCGAGAUCAUUCUGUUGUAAAGGAUGAUCUGUGGGUUAGGAACGGUAAAUUCAUUGAUCCAGAAAAGGUUUUCUUUGACGAGAAAACACCUGCAAGUCAAAAACAUGAUUGUGCCGGGGCCCUGAUUGCACCAGGUUUUAUUGAACUACAAGUUAAUGGUGGGUUCGGAAUUGAUUUUUCUCACAACACGGAAAAUAUUGAAGCAGGCAUUGAGAUAGUGGCCCGUGGCCUUCUCGCUCAUGGUGUCACAUCUUUCUGUCCAACCCUUGUGACAUCCACCCCUGAGGUUUACCAGAAGGUGCUUCCUAAGUUGAAGCCAACUCAAGGUGGACUGCAUGGGGCCUCCAUCCUUGGAGCCCAUUUGGAAGGACCAUUUAUCAACAAACUAAAGAAAGGAGCCCAUGAUGAGAAUACCAUUACUGAUCUCAAAGAGGGUCCAAAAUCUCUCCUGAAUGUGUACGGGUCUGUGGAGAACGCCUGCAUUGUCACACUAGCUCCUGAGCUACCUGGAGCAACUGAUGUUACAGAAUGGUUGACAAAGCAGGGAGUUACGGUCUCCUUAGGUCAUUCCAUGGCAAGUUUGCAAGAGGGCCUUGAGGCAGUGCAUUGUGGUGCAUCAUUCAUAACUCACCUAUUCAAUGCAAUGCUCCCAUUUCACCAUAGAGACCCAGGAUUAGUAGGUCUGCUAUCAUCAGAUAUGCCUGAAGGGCGGUCUAUUUUUUAUGGUAUUAUUUCUGAUGGUGUGCACACCCAUCCUGCAGCUCUUCGUAUUGCGCACAGAGUUCAUCCGAAAGGACUGGUACUGGUGACUGAUGCUAUUUCAGCUUUGGGAUUAGAAGAAGGUACUCACAAAAUUGGCCAGUACACAAUUGAGAUUCGUGAUCAAAAGGCAUUUAUAGCUGGCACAAAUACACUCUGUGGUAGUAUUGCAAAUAUGAUUGAGUGUGUUAAGCAUUUCAAGGAGGCAACAGGUUGCAGCACAGUUGAAGCUAUUGAGGCUGCCACUCUGCACCCUGCCAGAGUGUUGGGAUUGGAAAAAAAAAUAGGCACUCUUGCUUACGGAGCUGAUGCUGAUUUUGUCAUGCUCAAUUCCAAGAACCUAUCCUUGAAGUCUACCUGGAUUGCAGGCAAUUGUGUUUUCAAAAGUGAUGUCUAAUGGUUGACACAGUGUUCGAUGUAUCAAGAACAUACGUACUUUCAAGACUGAUUUAAAGUUUUUCUGUUAAUUUUUUCAUGGUUUAUGCAUUUUACUCAUGAUUUCAUUCAUGACGUUUGUGAUUUGUUACUUAUUUUUGCCAUAUCUACCACCUCAAGGUUCAGCGCUGCCUUAUGAAUGACUUAAUAAGGCUACAGUCAGCUGGUAUGAGUGGAAUUGUUUUAACUGUGGUCAUUCCAUAAGUAUUAAAAGAUUCAAUCCGAGUUCUAAAUGCUUGCAACAUUGAAGAUUUUUAAUGCUGCUGUUCAAAUUUGUAUUAUGCAACCUGCAUGUUGGGUGCUCUUUUAAUAUCUGUCAUAAAAAUGUGAUGUUUAUCUGUGAUUUUGGUUGCCUAGUAGUGGAUUUUUGAAAAUAUUUUUUUAUCAGACCUUUUACUGACUUAGAGAGAAUGUUAUGUUGAUUCAUCCUUUUCUAUUUGUAUUUUGGUAUGUUCUCUCUAGGUUACUACUUGCUGUUUCCAUUCUUUGACUUGUACAAUCCCGAAAAUAUAUUUAUAGACAUUUCAA